AGCGUUUCCGCUUUCCUGCUUUCCUGCUUCCGUCCUUGAGGAAUCUGCACGUUUGCGGCUAACAAAAUGGCAAAGAUCAGCAAAGAAACGAAACUGCGGCUACAGCAAGUGUUCCAAUGCGGCCAGUUCGUUAUCAGAUGGGGAUUUAUCCCCACGGUUCUGUAUUUAGGGUUCAAGCGAGGGGCGGAUCCAGGUAUGCCAGAGCCCACCAUUCUGAGUUUGCUGUGGGGAUGAGGGUCCAGGUCCAGGUCCAGGUCCGGACCCAGGACCGGUCCGGUCCGACGCCGGUCCAGCUGGAAACAGAGCCACGGUCUCUCCUGCGCCCAGACGCCCUUCCUGACAGGCAGAAGGGUGGACGCGCCCCUCUGUCUCCGUUUUAAACGUUCCCCCUCCUCUGUUUGGACUGUAGCUGUAUGGACACAAGCCGUCUUCAUCCGUGUGCGUGCGUGUUGCGUGUUCCGCGAUGCGUGUUGAAUGCGCCGCCAAUGCGUGUGCGCUUUCCCCUGAACAUUCUGUGUGUGUCUCUGUGUCGAAUGUAGAGCGCACUGUAUUUGUACCAUGUGACAUGCCUAGACCAGUGCGAGUGUUGAAUAAACUUUUUUUUCUCUU